GGACACAGGCCAAUCAUACCUGGGAAUAAAACUACCUCUGUUCAAGAACUCAUCUUUUGCAUUAAGAAGAAUAAAAUCUACAGGCAUGGAUAAACGACUGCUUCUCAAUUUUUUGUUGGUGACACUGUCCUUGGAAUUUAUGACCACCUAUGCUCAGACCAAUACAACCACAAUAGCACCAGCUAACAAUGCAACCACAAUAGCACCAGCUAACAACGAAACUACAGCAGCACCAGCGAACAGCCCAACCACAGUAGCACCAGCGGACAACGGAUCUACAGUAGCACCAGCGGACAACGGAUCUACAGUAGCACCAGCCAACAACGGAACUACAGCAGCACCAGCGAACAGCCCAACCACAGUAGCACCAGCCAACAACGGAACUACAGUAGCACCAGCGGACAACGGAUCUACAGUAGCACCAACUAACAACGGAACUACUGUAGCACCAACCAACAGCCCAACCACAGUAGCACCAGCUAACAACGGAACUACAGCAGCAUCAGCCAACAACGGAUCAACAGUAGCACCAGCCAACAACGGAACUACAGUAGCACCAGCCGACAACGGAACAUCAGUAGCACCAGUGAACAACGGAACUACAGCAGCACCAGCCGACAACGGAACAUCAGUAGCACCUGCGAACAACGGAACUACAGUAGCACCAGCCGACAACGGAACAUCAGUAGCACCAGCCAACAACGGAACUACAGCAGCACCAGCCGACAAUGGAACAUCAGUAGCACCAGCGAACAACGGAACUACAGUAGCACCAGCCAACAACGGAACAUCAGUAGCACCAGCUGACAACGGAUCUACAGUAGCACCAGCCGACAAUGGAUCUACAGUAGCACCAGCCAACAACGGAACAUCAGUAGCACCAGCUGACAACGGAUCUACAGUAGCACCAGCCGACAAUGGAACCACAGCAGCACCAGCCAACAACGGAACAUCAGUAGCACCAGCCGACAAUGGAACCACAGUAGCACCAGCAAACAACGGAACCACAGCAGCACCAGCCAACAACGGAUCUACAGCAGCACCAGCCAACAACCCAACUACAGCAGCACUAGCCAACAACGGAACAUCAGUAGCACCAGCGAACAACGGAACUACAGUAGCACCAGCCAACAACGGAACCACAGUAGCACCAGCCAACAACGGAACCACAGUAGCACCAGCCAACAACGGAUCUACAGCAGCACCAGCCAACAACGGAACAUCAGUAGCACCAGCCUACAACGGAACCACAGUAGCACCAGCCAACAACGGGACCACAGUAGCACCAGCCAACAACGGAUCUACAGCAGCACCAGCCAACAACGGAACCACAGUAGCACCAGCCAACAACGGAACAUCAGCAGCACCAGCCAACAACGGAACUACAGUAGCACCAGCCAACAACGGAUCUACAGUAGCACCAGCCAACAACGGAUCUACAGCAGCACCAGCCAACAACGGAUCUACAGCAGCACCAGCCAACAACGGAACCACAGCAGCACCAGCCAAGAACGGAACCACAGCAGCACCAGCCAACAACGGAACCACAGCAGCACCAGCCAACAACGGAACAUCAGCAGCACCAGCCAACAACGGAACUACAGUAGCACCAGCCAACAAACCAACUACAAUAGCACCAGCUAACGGAACCACAGUAGCAAAAGCUAACAACGGAACAUCAGUAGCACCAACCAACAACAGAACAUCAGUAGCACCAGCUAACAACGGAACUACAGCAGCACCAGCCAACAACGGAACCACAGUAGCACCAGCCAACAACGGAACUACAGUAGCACCAACCAACAACGGAACAUCAGCAGCACCAGCCAACAACGGAACUACAGUAGCACCAACCAACAACAGAACAUCAGUAGCACCAGCUAACAACGGAACUACAGCAGCACCAGCCAACAACGGAACCACAGUAGCACCAGCCAACAACGGAACAUCAGCAGCACCAACCAACAACGGAACAUCAGCAGCACCAGCCAACAACGGAACUACAGCAGCACCAGCCAACAACGGAACUACAGUAGCACCAGCCAACAACGGAACUACAGUAGCACCAGCCAACAACGGAUCUACAGUAGCACAAGCCAACAACGGAUCUACAGUAGCACCAGCCAACAACGGAACUACAGUAGCACCAGCCAACAACGGAUCUACAGUAGCACCAGCCAACAACGGAACUACAGUAGCACCAGCCAACAACGGAUCUACAGUAGCACCAGCCAACAACGGAACUACAGUAGCACCAGCCAACAACGGAUCUACAGUAGCACAAGCCAACAACGGAUCUACAGUAGCACCAGCCAACAACGGAUCUACAGUAGCACCAGCCAACAACGGAUCUACAGUAGCACCAGCCAACAACGGAUCUACAGUAGCACCAGCCAACAACGGAUCUACAGUAGCACCAGCCAACAAUGGAACCACAGUAGCACAAUCCAACAUCGCAACCACCGUGGCAUCCGCUAACAGUUCAACCACUGUGGCACCAGCUAGUAAUGCAACCACCGUAGCACCAACCACACUCCCGGCAAUGGCCAGUAUUUCUCGACAAGAAUGUGGCACCUCAAAGCUCUGUGCAGCUGAACCCUCAAAGUGCGAUCCCGCUUCUGGAACCUGCUAUUUCCUUUCUGCCAAGCAACAAAGAGGCCAAACGUACAACUUUGAGCUCUCAGGACCGAAAGAGGGCUACAUUGCUGCUGGCAUGUCAAAUGCUGUAUCUCAGUCUGCCAGUCACAGAGCCUACAUCUGCGCUAACCACAACGGUGCUGUCCGUUUCUUCACUGGCUUCAUCAAUAAUCAGGUUCUAAAUCUGACACAGACACUAAACACAAGCAAUGUGAAGGGAUCAGUCGCCUCUGGAAAAAUCCAAUGUACAUUUUCAGCUGAUCUACCUGACACAACGACACGAGCAGCAGGCUAUGCCAUGUCUAUUACAACUGGUUCUUACAAUCCCACUUCCGGGGAACUGGGAAACGCAAACUUCAGAAUCCUAACACCUCUUGUGAACCUCUCUGACCCUACCACCAACAUCACCAAUUUGCUAGGAAACAACAGCACUUCCUCUGCCUAUCCAGUCACACACACACAGUCAUUUUUGCCAGUUCUGCUGGUCACCGUGUCCAUGCUGGCUUUCACGGCAGUAUGAAGCAGCUUAUCUCCACCAAGUUCAUUUUAUGCUGAUUCAAUGAUUUGUUUUUUUUUAAGAAGAAACUCUUUUCUCUGCUCCGCUGCUUGUUGACAAGUUUGUGAUUCUGAAUCAAAAAAGAAAUGAUGUCACCUGCUUCUUCUUUAGUUCUAUAAAACUAUUUACCCACAGGACUACUGGAAUUCUGCUCUGAGAUGUAAGAGCAAUGUAAAACUUUUCAACAAAUGAGGAAAAAACAGAUUUUUGUCAAGAGUCAAAAAUAUGUCAUCAUCAACAGCAUUUGGGUUUCAAGAUCUGGUUACUUUAGAAGCCCAUUUUACUGGUGCAUGUUGAAAUCUUCAAGUCUUAUUUCUUUUGACACUACAUUGUUCUUUGUUGUAAUAAUGGUGUUAAUUAUUUAGCACUUCCUAAAUUAUGAAGUCUUUAAUGGCUGAUGUGAAUGGACAUGUUAAUACAAUUAACACGUUAAAUGUGGUAACACAUGUUGCAAAUUGAAUAUUUUAAUAUAUAUUUUUAAUAAAAUACUUUGUCAACUUAAUUAUUCAAAUUGAAAUAAAUACAUCUUCCUGAAGGAA